AUGUCCACACGUUUGUCCGAUCGUAAAUCAGGCGUGUUCUGGGACGUGGAUGAUUUCCCAGUCCCCGAGGGUCGCGGGAUUCGUGAGAUUGUCGAGUCUAAUCUUGAGAAACAGGGUUAUAAGGGUGAGGCGUCAAUCACGGUUUAUGGAGAGAAGGAUCCGUUCUCGCCUGAAGAAACCGCCAAGGGUCGAUUCACCUUCGUAAAGAGAAGUGAUAAGUACUGGAGACUUCAUAAGAUGCUAACAGAUAUUGGGUUGUGGGUUCUGGAAAUUCCGGAUCGUUAUCGUAUCCCAACAAACGUGGUGGUAGUGGCGAAAAACAUCAGUGAAAAUACUGAUUUUGUCCGUUUUCUUGAAGAGUUAGAUUCAGUAGAUUUCAAUGUUUCAGUAGUCUUCCCUGACGAUGUCAAACCAGCAGAAGUGAAUAUCCCUGAGGUGAGGUUUGCAUGGUAUUGGAAAGACUUCCUAGAAGUAGGAGAUCCUAUUCCCGCAGCCGAAUAUCGAAUCCUUUUAGAUCAAGGAGAACGCGAUAAUAUGCUCUUCGAUCCCGAUGAUUGUGGUGAUGAUUAUUCUGGUGAAUAUGACAAUGAUGGUGGUGAAUAUGACGAAGAAUCUUGUCGUAUGUGGACUCACUACUAG